AUGCAGCUGGGACUUAACCCUGUCCACAAACACCACAAGAGCAACGACAUGGUGAAAGGCACAAUCCUGGCUGCAGCCAUUGGCCAGGAGCCUGACCACAGCCACGGCUGUGCCCAUGGCAGCUGUUACCCAGCAACGGGGAACUUGCUGGUUGGACGAGAGAAGAACCUCAAGGCCUCGUCCACAUGCGGGAUGAGGAGAAAAGAGCCCUACUGCAUUGUCAGUCAUCUGCAGGAUGAGAAAAAGUGUUUUGACUGUGACUCCAGGCGGCCAUAUGACCCGGUGUACAACACCAUCAAUCACCGGAUAGAGAACGUAAUCACCACCUUCAAACCUCACCGCAAGAAGUCGUGGUGGCAGUCUGAGAAUGGAAAGUCAGAUGUCUUUGUUCAGCUGGAUCUGGAGGCAGAGUUUCAUUUCACUCACCUGGUUAUGACAUUUAAGACCUUCCGUCCGGCAGCCAUGCUGAUUGAACGAUCUGCAGAUUUUGGUCGUACGUGGCAGAUUUACCGCUACUUUUCCCAUGACUGCGCUUCCACCUUUCCCGGAGUCUCCCAGGGUCCUUUGCGUAACAUUAAUGAUGUCAUCUGUGAGUCACGCUACUCUGACAUUGAGCCCUCAACGGAGGGAGAGGUCAUCUACAGAGUGUUGGAUCCAGCCAUCAAGAUUGAGGAUCCAUACAGCCCCAGCAUCCAGAACCAGCUAAAGAUCACUAACUUGAGAGUAAACUUCACCAAACUUCACACACUGGGAGACAACUUGCUGGACCCCAGAGCUGAAAUCAAAGAAAAGUAUUACUACGCCAUAUAUGAGCUUGUUGUACGUGGAAACUGCUUUUGCUAUGGCCACGCCUCGGAGUGUGCCCCCAUCGCUGGCAUCAGGGAUGAUAUAGAAGGAAUGGUUCAUGGCAGGUGUGUGUGUAACCACAAUACCAAGGGUUUGAACUGUGAGCAGUGUGAUGACUUCCACAAUGACCUGCCCUGGAGACCAGCUGAAGGACGCAACACCAACGCCUGCAAGAAGUGUAACUGUAACAGCCACUCGAACAUGUGCCACUUUGACAUGGCGGUGUAUUUGGCAAUGGGAAAUGUCAGCGGAGGAGUGUGUGAUGACUGUCAGCACAACACCAUGGGACGCAACUGUGAGAUGUGCAAACCUUUCUACUACAAAGACCCUUUUAAAGAUAUCAGGGACCCACGAGUCUGCAUUGCUUGUGACUGCGACCCAGAUGGCUCUCAGAACGGAGGGAUGUGCGACAGUCACACCGACCCCUCCCUUGGCAUGGUGGGAGGUCAGUGCCGUUGCAAGGCCAAUGUCGAGGGGCCGCGCUGCGACAAGUGUAAGACUGGCUUCUUUGGCCUGAGUGCUGAAAACCCUCAGGGUUGCCAACCUUGCCGAUGUGACCACAGGGGAACAGUGUCAGGUAGCUCCCAGUGUGACCCAGUCAGUGGAGACUGCUUCUGCAAGCGUCUUGUCACUGGACGCAGCUGUGACCAGUGUUUGCCAGAACACUGGGCUCUGAGCCACGACCUGAACGGCUGCCGAGGCUGCGAGUGUGAUAUAGGAGGAGCCCUCAACAACCACUGCUCCAUGGAGAGUGGCCAGUGUCGCUGUCGCAGUCACAUGACAGGACGGCAGUGUUCACAGGUGGAGUCUCGAUAUUUCUUCAUGGCUCUGGAUCACUUCCUGUAUGAGGCUGAGUUGGCCAAAAUGGGGCAGGGCUGUACAGUGGAGAUCAGGGAGCACCAGCUGGGUCGCCCUGCAACGUGGACGGGCACUGGGUUCGCUCGGGUACCUGAGGGUGGCACCCUGGAGUUCCUCAUCAGUAACAUCCCCUACUCCAUGGAAUAUGACCUGCUUAUCCGCUACGAGUCACAGAUGCCCAGAGACUGGGAGGAAGUGCGAAUAACAGUGAUCCGACCAGGGCCAAUUCCUACCAGCAGCCCCUGUGGAAACACCAUCCCAGAUGAUGACAGACUCACGGUUUCCCUGCCUGCGGGAGCCAGGUUCAUGGUCCCUCAUCAGGCUGUGUGUCUGGAGAGAGAUGUGACAUACACUCUCCGCUUUGAGUUCAGACGCUAUCAGGAUGCCAACAGUAUCCUCAACGGCGCCAACGCUAUUCUUCUUGUGGACUCUAUUGCCUUGAUGCCACGCCACUCCUCCAUGGAGAUGUUCAACGCAGGCGAUCCAGCUUCUAACAACAGGAAGCAGACCUAUGAGCGGUACCGCUGCCACGAGGGGGCAAAGAGUGUAACCCGCCCACUGAUGAGUGACACCUGUGCCAAGCUAAUCACCAGCAUGUCGGCCAUCAUAAAUGACGGGGCUCUGCCUUGUAAUUGCGAUCCCCAGGGGUCCAUCAGCUCCAUGUGUGAUGUCCGCGGGGGCCAAUGUCACUGCAAGCCCAAUGUGAUUGGCCGACGCUGUGACCAGUGUGCUCCAGGAAUGUACGGCUUUGGACCCUCAGGCUGCAUAGCCUGUGGUUGCAGCUUGGAAGGCUCUGUGACUCGACUUUGUGACAAGUUCACUGGUCAGUGCCAGUGCCGUCCCGGAGCCUUCGGUCAGCGUUGUGACGGAUGCCAGACGGGUCACUGGGGAUUCCCCAGCUGCCGACCCUGCCAAUGUAACGGACACGCCGACAUGUGUGAUCAGAGGACUGGAGCCUGCAUCAGCUGCAGGGACAACACAGGAGGAGACAAGUGUGACAGGUGUGCCAAUGGUUACUAUGGUAAUCCAGUUUUGGGCAAAGCAUCCAGUGGUCAGUGUCGUCCGUGCCCCUGUCCAGACGGCCCCAACAGCGGACGCCACUUUGCUGCAUCUUGUUACCAGGACAACCGCAAUAGACAAAUCAUCUGCAACUGUAACCAGGGUUACACAGGGAUUGUUAAACGCUCCGGGGCGACCAUCUUUAAGCGAGCCCGAUGUGAGGAAUGUGCUCCGGGUUAUUAUGGCAACCCCUCUCAGCCCGGAGGGCGCUGCCAGCCAUGCCAGUGUAACAACAACAUAGACAUGUCAGACAUGGAUGCCUGCGACAGGCAGACCGGAGAGUGCCGGAAAUGCCUUUACAACACAGAGGGCCCCAACUGUGGCAUCUGCAGGAGCGGCUAUUUCGGAGACGCUUCCCGACGCAACUGCAGAAAGUGCACAUGUAACUUCCUGGGUACUGACCGGAGCCAGUGUAUGGAACGUGAGGACUGUGUGUGCCAGCGUAACACAGGGCAGUGCCAGUGUCUUCCUAACGUCAUAGGUCUGACAUGUGACCACUGUGCCCCAAACCACUGGAACUUGGCCAGCGGGGGUGGCUGUGAACCCUGCGGCUGUGACCCCAACAACUCAGUCACCUCUUCGUGUAAUGAGUUCACUGGGCAGUGUCAGUGUCGCGAUGGCUUUGGUGGGAAGACCUGCACAGACUGUCAGGAGAACUACUGGGGAGACCCCAGGACACAGUGCAGAGCUUGUGACUGUGACUGGCGUGGCAUUGAGACCUCUCAGUGCAACAGGGUGACCGGCCACUGUGUAUGCCAGCAGGGGGUGUCAGGUGUCCGCUGUGACCAGUGUGCCAGAGGCUUCUCUGGCCAGUUCCCCAACUGUCAGCCCUGUCACCAGUGCUUCGGGGACUGGGAUCGUAUUGUGCAGGACCUGGCAGUGCGCACCAGGGCUCUGGCAGAGCGUGCCCACGAGAUUCAGACCACUGGGCUUACUGGGGCCUAUGAGAAGGCCUUCAGAGACCUCGAAGAGAAACUGGCACAAGCUCAGGGCAUUGUCAACGCACGCAAUGCCACUGCUGCAGCCGUUGCUACCCUAAUGGAGCUUAUUGAAGAUCUGAGAGCGCAGAUCGGUGAGACCACGGACACCCUGAACCGACUGGAAGGAGACCUAACCAUCGUCCAGGACAGCAACUCUGAGGCAAGCAAAGAGCUGAGUGCUCUGGAGAGAGAGGCGAGAGAACUAAACCUCACUUCAGAGCAGCUACACCGCCAACUGGAUAUCCUAAAAAACUCCAACUUCCUAGGUGCAUACGACAGCAUUCGCAGCUCCUACAACAAAUCCCGCGAUGCAGAGCGACGCGCUAAUGAAUCAACAACCACCAGGCCCAGCACAGUCAGCCAAUCUGCAGACACUCGCCGCCGCACUGAGCGUCUCAUCUCUGCCAAGAAGGAUGACUUUAACCGUAAAAAUGCUGCUAACAAGCGUGCACUUGGAGAGCUCAACACCAGAGCACAGGGCCUUGACUUGAAGAAGAUCAAUGAGAAGGUUUGCGGGGCCCCGGGUGAUGCUCCCUGUGGGGAAAGUCCUUGUGGGGGUGCAGGUUGCCGUGACGAUGAAGGGAACCGUCACUGUGGAGGCCUAAACUGUAACGGCGCUGUAGCAGUAGCUGACAAUGCUCUGGAGAGAGCCAAACAUGCAGAGAAGGAGCUGAACAAAGCUAUGAGAGAGGUGGAAGGACUCUUUACUAAGGUGGCAGAUGCCAAGACCAAAGCAGAGGAGGCCAAAGGUAAAGCCCAAGCAGCUUUGGACAAAGCGACCGCCACCAAGAACAAAGUGGAGCGCUCCAACAAUGACCUGAGAGACCUCAUCAAACAGAUAAGAGACUUCCUCACUCAGGAGGGUGCAGACCCAGACAGCAUUGAGGCAGUGGCGAAUCGUGUGUUGGAGCUGUCCAUCCCUGCUUCGUCCAUCCAGAUCACACAUCUAGCUGAUGAAAUCAAGGAUCGGGUUCGCAGCCUUUCAAAUGUGGAUGCCAUCCUGCAGCAGACGCAGGAUGAUGUCCGUAGGGCAGAGCAACUGCUGCUGGAUGCCAAGAGGGCAAGGCAUAGUGCUGAGGGAGUGAAGACGACAGCAGAGACAGUAAAACAGGCGCUGGUGGAUGCCAAGACUGCCCAGACUUCAGCAGUGAAAGCAAUAGCAAGAGCCAAAGCUGACAUUGGGGAGACAGAAGCCCGACUGGCACAGAUUGAGUCAGAGACAUCCAACAGUGAGAAGGACCUGAAUGAUGCCAUGGACCGCCUGGGGACACUGGGACGGGAGCUUAAUGCCCUGAAGACAAAACGUGCAAACAACAGCAUGGCUGCAGCCCGAGCUGAGGAGACAGCCACCAUGGCAAGAGACAAGGCAAAUGAAGCCAAGCAGAUUCUAGACGGCCAGCUAACAGAUAAAUACAUUGAGGUUCAGCAACGGGUUGACACGAAGGCAAAGGCUGUGCAGGAUGCCAAGAAAAGAGCAGAGAGCCUCAGAGAUGAAGCAAGGGAACUACUGAGAGAUGCCCAAAACAAGCUCCAGAGGCUAGCAGAGCUGGAGAAAAACUAUGAGGAGAACCAGAGGAGGUUGGAGGGGAAAGCUCGUCAGCUGGACGGCUUGGAGGACAAGAUGAAAGCCAUCCUCAAUGACAUCAACAAACAAAUCCAGAUCUACAACACAUGCCAGUAACUCACUACUCCAUGUCCUAAAAAACAGGUGCAUCAUCGUAUUAUUCUGGCAUUUUCUCCAGAUACAGUAACUGUACAAUAGACUCUGAAAGAACAAUCAAAGAAGAGAGCACUGGGGUGGUUAUUUUAUCACUCUGCAUGUGAAUUUAAAAUGGUUGCUAUCAUAUUUAGGUAUAUAUAAAUAUAUAAACAUACCCACCUGAACAUGAAAAGGUUGUCUGAUAUCAUUAUUGAUUUGAAUCUGUGCACAUUUUUUUUGUUUUUAAUUAUCAAAAUAAUCUGGAAAUGUAUAUGUGUUUAAAUUUGUAUUUUGAACAUAAAAAAUGAAGAUUAUGUUUGAGAAGGGUCAAUAAUACUCAGAUUUGGGGGGAAAUAAUGUACUGCAAACAAUCUGUAGUUUAAGUUUUUUCAGUUUUUUAUAUACUUUGACUGACUGUUGAACAAUCAGCAGGUCAAUAUCAUUUUCUCCUCAAGUUUCUAUGAAGUCUUCUGAGCUGUGCUCACCAUGAAGACUUCACUUAAACUGCAGUGGACAGCGUCUUCUUUUAGUAUGAAACACAACAACUUUUGGGUGCAUGAGAACAUAAAAUCAGCAUGGAAAUCUGCUCAAAUGUAAGUGGAUUUGUGUGUGUGUGUGUGUGUGUGUGUGUGUGUAUGUGUGUGUGUGUGUGUGUGUGUGUGUGUUUUGUUGUUGUUUUUGUAAGAUUGCUAAAAAGUUCAAAUGAAAGGCUUUAACCAUUUUUAUAUUUUCAAACAAGCCAAAAAGCAGAGAUGAGGGCAUAGAUCCUUUUCCCCUAUGUAGUUUUAAGGAUUUUAAGAUGAACAGGGUUAUUGUAUUCAUAGGGAUUUUAAAUUUAGGAAUUUGUACCAACUGUGGUGCUAGGAAUGCAUUUUUGUAUUGUGUCUGCCUUUAUAUUAAUAACAGGGAAACAAAAGAUAUGACCAUUGUUAAGUGGACAUAAAUUGAAGUGCUUGACUCUGCUAAGCCAACAGAUGAAACCAGCCCAAAAACCACCUCUGCCUGGAGUAGGAGGAUGGCUGUACACUAAGAAUACAAUGUAAUAAUGAGAGCAGUGGCAGCUAACAGUGUAAGCCAACGGCACAGCUCUAGUGAUGCUAUUAUCAGUCGGUCUAUAGGUCUGUGUGGGUGAACUUUGGUCCAGAGUGAAAUAUCUCAACUACUGUCAGAUAGAAUUGAAGAGACAAGAGGAUAUUAUGGUCUAGCUGAGCCUGACACAUUCACUGUACAGAGGAUAAACCCUCUUUAUUUAGGUAACAAAAUGGCAUUCCCUCUGGCACCACACUCAGGACAAACUUAAAGGACAGUUUGAGAAACAGUCUUAUUUGCUUUCUUGCCCAGACAAUUGAUACCACACUGUAGGACUUAUGAUGCCACAGCCAGCAGUCUGUUACCUUAGUUAAAGAAACAGCUACCCUGGCUGCUAUAAGGCUAAAUAAAUUCUCCUCCCUGCAACUUGAAAGGUCAACAAUUAACACAUUAUAUCUCUGACUUCCUGGAGUAUUUUUGCCAUUGUGAAGUUGCCAGGCAACCAGUGGAGACUCCAGCUAGUCACAUAACUCUGUGUAAAACCACAACCUACCAGUUUUACACAAGAUACAACAUGUUAAUUAUUGAAGGCAACAUUUUUUACAUUUUACAUCAGGCUAGCUGUUUCCCCGUUUCCAGUCUUUAUGCUAAGCUAAGCUAACUCUACUAUAAUGAACAGAUAACAGUGGUAUUGAUGUUCUAAUUCUCUCCAAGAAAGCAAAUAAGUGUAAUUCCCAGAAUGUCAAACUGUUCCUUUUAGUCAUCAACAGAAUUCAUGUUUGUGAAUGCCAAACUUGUGAUGUGCAGAUUGUGAAUGUUUGUAUCAAAUGUACUGUUGAUGGAAUAUUUAAGAGUUACAAUAAUGGGUGCCUCACUGUGGUGACAUACAGUAUACUCUACAGUAUGUAGUGUUUAAUUGUGCCUUAUAGUAUUCCAGUGUCUUGGACAUUUACUCAUGUACUAUUUGCAUGACAAUUUAUGUUUUAGGAAACAUGACAAACCAAAAAAAAAAAAAAAACUAACUUUGUACACAUAAUUCCCUCAGAUCACCCACCAACUGGCUGCCACUUGAAUUUGAUAACUAAUUGCCAAAGCAAAAAAUACCAAAAGAAUCUUGUGUAAAGUUUAAUCAUGUACAGUUUUGUGAAUAAAGGUUGGAUAACUUAA